CCUGAAAUAACACAAGAGUUCCCUUGAUACCCACCGCGCGCUCAAUGCGCGUACACGCUCGAGUGCCCUCUCAGCGCGCACAACACCGUUACUGAGCGUUUAUACUUUUUUGUGGUAACUUUAAUGUCAUGAAACUUAUUUAGGCUGUUUUUCCAACGUGCACAUUUGGCUGUUGGCUUAUUGUUUGGCAAAGAUAUGUUUAUGCAUACGGGUUGCUUCGACCAUGAGGGCAGCAUGCACAGCAUUAUAUUGGAGAUAUAACUGGAUUAAAUCGUCCCAUUGCGCCCCUUGCACGCUCCACGCAGCUUUUCUGUAUUGUCAACUUUAACCUUGCGCGGCCAUGACCGCGGAGAAGCCCAACUUUUUGUCUCAACCUGAAGUCAAAAACAUUUAUUUCUAUCGUAAUGGAGAUCCGUAUUACGAGCCCAGGCGUUUGGUGAUCAACGCGAAACGGGUCUCGACCUUCGACACGCUGCUGCGCGAGGUGACCGGUGGCGUGCGCGCUCAGUUUGGAGCCGUGAGGAAUAUCUACACCCCUACAGGAGGACACAGAGUCAACUCAUUGGAGCACCUGAAGAGCGGAGAUCAGUAUGUGGCUGCUGGACGAGAGAAGUUCAAGAAAAUAGAUUAUUUACAGAUAGGAACCAGGAAGAAAAGAUCACUUCAGACAAAUGGACUGAUCAAACCUGUUCCUCAGAGUCGCAUAAUAGUAUCUGCCCGGUUCCUCAAACCCAUCAAAGAGCCUUGUGCAAUAUUUAUUGUGGCCAAUGGAGACGUCCUGAAUCCAGCCGUGAGGUUACUGAUCCCCAGUCGUGUCAUCGACCAGUUUGAUCGGAUUUUAGAGAUGAUCACAGACAAAAUGGGGCUAAGGAUUUUUGGAGGUGUGCGGAGUCUUUACACCUUUGAUGGAGCUCUUAUUACGGAUGGGAAAGAAUUGGAAAAUGGACAAUUUUAUGUCGCCGUUGGCAGAGAGAAAUUUAAAAGGCUUCCAUAUAGCGACCUCCUGUUUAGUAAACCCAUAGGCAUGAAGAGAGUUAAUGGGUCAAAAGCAGCCUCAUUACCGCCUAUAUACAAAUACAGAAGACAAAAUGGAGAUAUGGGGAACCAUGUCAGUAAGUCUGUGGUGGGUGGCAGUGAAUGUGGACAGGACAAAAGCAGCCCUCCGGCACAAAGAUCUAAAGAACAACUGUCCUCCAUCGUCAGAGAGAUUUCUCAGGCCAAACUCAUGAACAUUCGCAAGAAGAGGAGCGGUCUCACAGCAUCUCAAGAGACUCAGGAUGAUGAUGAUGGAGAGGACAGAAGUGCAGAUGAUGGCAAACUUUCACCAGUGGGUUCAACAGUCAAGCAGGAGGCAGAAGUCAGUCCAAUCCCUGAUCAAGAGGACAAUUCUCAAGAACAGGUGGAUAUAGAAGAUCAGGAGCAAACUACAGAAGAUCAGGAGCAAACUACAGAUGAUCAGGAGCAAACUACAGAUGAUCAGGAGCAAACUACUGACGAACAAGAGCAAACUACUGACGAACAAGAGCAAACUACAGAAGAAAAAGAGCAAACUACAGAAGAAAAAGAGCAAACUACAGAAGAAAAAGAGCAAACUACAGAAGAACAGGAGCAAACUACAGAUGAAUCACCAGGUAGCGAAGAAGAGCAGAAACAAGAGGAUGAGAAUGCAGGAGAUGAAAAUAAAGAUAUUGAAGAGGCAAAAAAUGAAGAUGAUGGAGAGAUCAAAGAUGAGGGAGAGACAUCAGAGGAAAAGGAUGAUAGUGAAGAGAAGAAAAAAGAGGAGGAUGAUGGAGAAGAGAAACAGAAUGAAGAGGAGAGUAAGCUUGAAGAAGAGGAAAGACAUGAAGAUAAACCAGAGAAUGAUGGAGGUCAGACAGAAGAGAGUCCAGAUCAAAGUGGAGAACAAUCAGCAGAUGCAGAAUGAGAAAACACAAAUACUUUAAUGAAUAUUUCACUUUCAUAAAAAAUUAAAUCCCAAUAAUUUACUCACCCCCAUGUCAUCCAAGAUGUUUAUGUCUUUCUUUGUUCAGUCGAGAAGAAAUUAA